AUGACUCGUUCAAGGAUAUACAGGGAGGACGGCAAGGCCUGGGUGCGCGUGUCCUACCGCGGGCAGGACAAGGCCUGCUACCCCGAGGAGGUCUCGUCCACUGUGCUGGACCAGGGGAAGGAGACAGUCGCCUGCUUCAACGACUCGAGGCGCCAGGCCACCAAUGACGCGGGUGCCAUCGCGGGGCGCCACCCCCUGCGGAUCAUCAACAAGCCGACGGCGGCCGCCCUCGAACAGGCUGACCCGCGGGGCGCCAGAGAGCAAAACGUGCUCAUUUUCGCCCUGGGUGGGAGCACCCUCGCCGUAAGGGUCCUCACUAUGGACGCCCGUGUCUUCCAGACGUCUGAGGCCUGGCCCUCCCGGUGCUUCCCGCCGAGGUCCUUCAUGAAGUGGCUCACCAACCUGUUGCCGGAGUUCUCUCCGCCCAGGCGAGCGUCUCCAGGGAACGAUCUCCAGAGCGGCCUGGAUCAUUCCCUGUUGGAGGGCGUGGACUUCUACACGUCCAUCACUCGAGCCUGCUUCGAGGAGCUGAGCUUGGUUGUUUUGCGCAGCGCCUUGGACUGGGUGGAGAAGGCCCUGCGGGAUGCCAAGCUGGAGAGCCGGAUCCAUGACAUUGUCCUAGGACAGGACUUCUUUGGGGGCAGGGAGCUGAACAAGAGCAUGAACCCCGAUGAGGCUGGCUAUGGGGCUGCUGUGUAGGUGGCUGUGUUGAUGGGGGAUGAGUGUGAGAAAGUGCAGGAUCUCCUGCUGCUGGACAUGGCUCCCCUGUCCCUGGGUCUGGAGACAGCAGGUGGGGUGAUGACCACGCUGAUCCAGAAGAAUGCCACCAUCCCUAUCCAACGGACCCAGACCACCACCUACUCAGACAACCAGCCUGGGGUCCUGACCCAGGUGUCUGAGAGUGAGGGGGCCAUUAACAGGGACAAUCACCUGCUGGGGUACUUUGAGCUCAUUGGAAUCCCUCCUACAGCACAUGGAGUCCCCCAGAUCAAGGAGACCUUUGAUGUUGAGGCCAAUGGCAUCCUGAGUGCAGCUACUGUCAGGAGCCCAGAGAAGGCUAACAAGAUCACCAUCACCAACGACAAGGGCCGGCUGAGCAAAGAGGACGUUGAGAGGAUGGUUUGGGAGGCUGAGCAGCACAAGGCUGAGCAUGAGGCCCAGAGGGACAGAGUGGUUGCCCAGAACUCCCUAGAGGCCAGUGUCUUCCAUGCGAAGGGCUCGGGGCAAGAGGAAAGCCUUAGAGACAAGAUUUCCAAAGAGGACAGGCACAGGGUACAAGACAAGCGUCAGGGAGUUCUUGCCUGGCUGGAGUACAACCAGUUGGCAGAGAAGGAGGAGUAUGAGCAUCAGAAGAGGGAGCUGGAGCAAAUCUAUCACCUCACCUUCUCCAGGCCUCUGGAGGGCCUCGUGUCCCUGGGGGUGGUCGUUGUGGAGCUGAAGCUGGCCAGGGAACCCCCAGUAGAGCCCUGA